AGCACACCGAACGGUAGACGGCGCCACAACACAAAGCUCUCAGUCCGACUCUAGCUCGCAUGGUUGUGUCUACACCGUUACAGCCUGGUAUGAGUGGAAACCAGCCCGCUUUCAGUAGCUCCCGUGUUAACACGGACCAAAGUUAUCCCGGAAUAAGGACAGCACGCAUGUGCCGUCAACCCGGAUGUAGAUAUUCUAGUGCGCGUCUAUUCCCCAUUUCUCCAAGUUAUGACAAAUUUGCACCGAGAGAGAAUUGUAUAUCUUAGCACGGGGCCGGACAAAGCCAUUCCAAACCUGUCCAAACCGGGUUAAGUAGCCGUGACACGCAUCGACCUACAUGGAUGGCACAUCAGAGUGACAACUCCACAACAGCCUGUGUCCGAAGAGCUGCACUUUUGAUUUACGAAUACGGUCUGUAACUUAGAUGAUGGACUUUCGGGGCAGGAGGCAUGAGAGGGGCAGCAACUGGACUGACCCGGAGAUAGUGGAGCUGCUCCAGCUGUGGUCCGAUGAGUCGGUGCAGAUUGAACUGGAGAGCUCAUUGCGCAACCAGCGUGUGUUUGACCGCAUAGCACACAUUUUGCGUGAAAAAGGCAUCUACCGCACAGGCGAUCAAUGCAGAGAGAAGAUCAAGAAGAUGAAACUGGAAUACCGCCGCAUUAAGGACAACCACAAAAUGAGGUCUUGGAAGUUCUAUGAUGUGAUGGACAGAGUGCUGGCGAACCGACCGGCGAUCACCUAUUCUUCCCUGGGUGGAGCUGUCAUAGCUCAACAGGUGUUUCAGAGCCCAGGUGGGCCUGACUCUUACCUGCAAGGAGUUCCAGCAGGCUCCUUUGGUCCUACGUCCUCAGGUGGGUUUCUGUUUGGCCAGCCUCCAAAAAUUGGAGAUCCAUUGGAUAUUAAAUGUGAAGAUGUUGAGGAGAGCAUGCUGAACUCUGGUGUUGCGCCCCCUGAGAUGUACUAUGGAUCUGGAGAUGACCAAGAAACAGAUGGGCAAUCUCUACUGGAGACAGAGGACGCACUGGGUCGGCCAGAGAGCUCAUCUAAUGCGAGAAUCUCCCCCUCAGGUUUUAGUGACCUUAACAUUGCUGGCUCUGCUACAGCUGCUACUCAGGCUGCAGAUGGCCCCGUGGCACAGGACACAUCUGGCCUUCCCAGCAAGGAGGGUUCUCUUCCUUCAACAUCUGUGAGGCAGAGGAAGCGUCGCCGGGGUGGCAAGACAUCGUGGGGCCAUGGGGGAGGUAGAUGCGGUGGUCAGGAGAACUUGGAUAAAGCCCUGGCAAGCUUCCUGAGCUGGCAGCAGUCUACAGAGGAGCGUCUCCUCUCGCUGGAGGAGGCCCGGUUGGAAAGGGAGUUGCAGGCGGAGGAGCGGAGGGAGCAGCGGGAGGAGAGGAGGGCGGAACAGGAGCGUCAGCAUGAGCUCCGCCUGUUCAGCAUGCUCACGGGGGCCUUGUUUGCUGCCAGACAGGGUGCUCCGACCACAGCGCCCACAGAGCCCUCCGCCUCCCCCUCAGCUCAUCUGUCAACUCUGCUGAUGACCACCGCUGCCCCCUCUGUCUCGUCAUCUUCAUCUCAGCCACCUUCAGAAGCUCCCACAACGCAGGCAGUUUCCACUCAGGAGACAGAAAAGUCACAGCCCGCAUCUGUCAAAUCAUGCAAAAUGUCUCAGAAUACUUUGGCAACACUGAGAUGUGCAGAGACUCCUGGACACAGUGUUUACCUGUCCAGUCGUGGUAAUAGCAUCCGACAGCACCAAGGCAUUCUCCAGGAGGGAUAUGCCCAGUACGGGCUGGACAGACACCACGACACAGACAACCCUGAUGGUGUAAUCAACAUGGGUACAAGUGAGAACAAACUGUGCUAUGAUCUUCUUCACACACGGUUGACCAAGCCUGACAUGCUGCACAUGGACCCGUCCUUGCUACAGUAUUCAGACUGGAGGGGACAUUAUUUCCUGAGAGAAGAAGUCGCGAAGUUCCUAACUCACUACUGCUGUUCUCCAAACCCACUGAAAGCUGACAGUGUUGUGGUGAUGAAUGGCUGUGGUUCCCUCUUCUCAUGUAUUGCUGCAGUAAUUUGUGACCCUAAAGAUGCCAUUCUCAUGCCUACUCCUUUCUAUGGUGUUAUCACUGAAGAUCUACAUUUGUAUAGUGACGUAAAGCUCUUCCACGUUCCUCUUGAUUGUGAGCCUGAUAGCGAAGACAGUCGACCCUUCCGCCUCACUGUGGGGAAACUAGAAGAAGGUCUGCAAAGGGCUAAGCAAGCGGGGUUGAUCAUUCGAGCUGUUAUCCUGAUGAACCCCCACAACCCACUGGCUGAGAUCUACACCCUAAAGGACAUGAUUGGCUUCUUGGAGUUUGCCAAAAGACAUGAGCUCCACGCCAUUGUGGAUGAAGUGUACAUGCUGACGGUCUUUGAUGAAUCUGUCACCUUUCACAGUGUCCUCAGUAUAGACAGUUUGCCCGACCCACAGAGGACACAUGUAAUGUGGGGGAUGAGCAAGGACUUUGCAAUGGCAGGAAUCAGAAUAGGCACUCUGUACACUGAGAACAGUGACCUUGUGGAGGCUAUGGCCCAGCUGGGCUCCUUUCAUGGUAUCCCUGGGCCCACCCAGCACCAGGUAGCACAACUGCUUCAGGACAGAGAGUGGAUCAAUGAGGAAUUUUUGCCUGAGAACAGACGCAGACUAAAAGCCGCUCACAACUAUCUGACCGGAGAGCUGCUCAGUAUGGGCAUCCCCUACCUGGACAGGCCUGCUGCACUGUACGUCUGGGCUGACUUCAGAAAGUAUCUCAGAGAGUCAUCGUUUGAGGAGGAGUUGUCCCUUUGGAGGCAGUUCCUCAGACACAAGGUGGUAUUGAGCUGUGGACAGGCGUUCUCCUGCUCCACACCCGGCUGGUUCCGCAUAGUCUUUGCAGAUCAUCAGCAUCACCUUCAGCUCGGCCUGAAGCGAAUUAGGGAGGCUUUCAAAGAAAAUGAAGGAAAAACGACCAGCCCCGACUCACUCUCUGUCAAAGAAACAGUUGAGGACAGCAAAAAGUCAGUGAAAGAGGACAGCGUAGAUUCAGACAAUGCCGCCAUUGUGAAUUCAACAUCAUCACCCCAGAGCAAGUCAUCAGACCAGCUGAAAGACGGGGACAGCCCUGUUCCUGACACAGGCUCCCUGGCCACUGAGGAGUUUGAGUUGCUGGAUAACCAAGCAUCCAAACCUGCAGACAGUCUGAACUCACUUAUUGGUACUCUCAGGCAUCAGAUCAGUUCCUCUGAUUGGCUGGAGAAAAACACUCCAGAGCUGUCUGCUGGGGAGGACCCAGAAAUUCUUGAUGUAUUCAAGGCCCUGCUGCAAAGAGCCAAAAAGUAAGCUUAGGAUAAACAGACACGAAUGUGGCUGCCAAAUUUCGAGAGGCAGUACUUGAGCAUCCUUCUUGCUCUGCGCGUUUGUGUUGAAAAGCUCGACACAGACACCUGACACAAGGUCAAGUCUGAUGCCUCUUUCUGACAAGUGAAAUAGCUAUGAGCAGAGUAAAGAGAAAAAGUGGAGGAACAUAGUGCAUUAAAGGUCGGGAUGUAAGAAUGAGAGAGAAUACUUUUCUAAAUGCAUCUUCAGGCCUUACUGUUACGCUGCUAAAAGAGAUUGCCUUGUUUUUUGUAAUCUACAGUCACAUAUGUGUUUAUUUCCUCACAUUCUAAGUGAAUGCCAAAUGUCAAUCAACCAAAAUCAGUCUCAAACGUAAGUCUUGCAUCUUAUGAGCUGUACAUCAUAUUAUUUUGUGUCAUACGCGAUUUAUUUUGUCACAAUACUGUAAAGUUAAUGAUCUGUGAAUAAAGCUAAUGAAUUAUAGGCCAUUUAACCCGUUGAAAUCCAGUUUUAUUGUUUUAACAAAACGUGCCCUGAAAGAACUUCAGAGUGGCAUCUUGCAAACUUUCAUUUGGGUGGUCUGUGGGUGCCGUUCCGUUGCAGCAAAGGAAAGCGAAGGGGGUGGUAGUUGAGUGACGAAGCGGAGACACAUUUGAGGUUGAUGUCAGCUGCAUACAUCGCGCCCAGCUGUGUGAAACUAAGAGUGGGAUUUCCUUCAAUGUUAUGUGAUGCACAGUGACCCGUCAACACCCCCCACACAGUUUCUACAUGACAUAAACAAAUGUGUGAGUGGGAUACUGCUGUUACAGAGUACCCCCCCAAGUAUCAAGGGACUUUAUUCUAAUUUCCCCUAAAUGCCCAGUUUUUAUUUCCUUUUGCUUUUCCUUAACCACACAAACUUCUGCUUCCUCAAACAUUGAAUGGCUGUUGUUGAAGCUUUCACUUUCUCUACAGUGUGACUUUGUAACGUACAGUGGAGAAUUCACGGGGAAAUUUCACCCACGGCUGGGGGAGUUUCCAUUGCAGCAGAGGCGGAGUUACACUGAGGGGUUUGAUCUAUGAGUUAGGGCUUGUGGUCAUAAGCAGCAAGUUAAUCAUGUGGCAGGCUGUUGACAGUGUUUGUACAGUAGUGUUGGCACAAUAGUCGUGGCUGUUGUACUCUAAACUUUGACUUGCAUAUAGACUUAAAUCAGAGUGUGACUUAACAUCCUUGUUCCUGUCGACUUUUGUUCCUUCAUCUACAACAAAGUGGUGUGGAAAUGAAGUUUCUUGAGCUGGGGGACUCCAUCAGUCGCUUCAGAUUUGCUCAGUCCUGUUUGGGCUUAGCAGGUUGCCUGUGCGUGUGCUAUGCAGUCUGCACACCAUUCUGGCUGAAUGGGAGGGGGCUGUGGACCGAGUGGAAUAACACCACAAGUGACCUGAUCAAACCAAACCGUAAAGAUGAUAUCGUCUUCAGCGCUCUGGAAGCAGAGAGAGUGUUUGGAGUUCUUUCCACCCUGAUGGCUGUGAGCACCGGUGCUCUGUGUCUGGUGUUUGCCCUCUGCUGGACGUCUCAGACAGUGCGUUCCUACUCCAACACUCGUUCCCUCCUCAUGGCAGGACAGGCGCUUUACCCCACCACCCUGCUGCUGCUCACCAUGGCCUCCACAGGCUUCUUCUUCCUCCUAAGCUGGUCGUUUUUCACCUAUCAGCACCGGGAAGAAAUCCGCCAGGACUUCUCCAGGCUCGGCUCUUCCUACUGGCUUGGGGCUUUAGGUUGGUUCCUGCUGUUGAUCGUGGAGAUGAUAGUCUUUAUCGCUGAACAAGCUAUUGUGCCAGACAUAUUACCAGACUUAGAGAAGGCUGUGGAAUCAUGGCGGAUUUCUGCUCAACUGAAGGCUGCAAAACGGUCUUUCAGUGACGGUUAUUGCCCUGUAACCCACAGCAGCACCAUGGUUCCAAAGAGGUAUAUGUCAGCACCUUGAACUGAGAAAUAAGAACCUGAUAGAGAAAAUGAUUGAAUACGUGUCAGUUGAACUUGGCUCACACAGACUCAGGGCUGGGAUUCAGUGCUGGCAAGAGGAAUUAAGAUUCUCUGAAUGCUGAAAGUCAGUCGGACUGAAGGCUCCGACGUCCUGAAGUGCUGAUUGUGGUUGUCAUUCUGAAGUUUGUUUUUCAGUGUGGACUGAAAUAAAAUGGAAACACACGAAGGAGCAGAAAUACUGACUGGCCCCCAAAUGGAUGAUCAUAGCUGCUCUCUGACAAAGUGAUAUGUAAACUUGUGUUUGCAAAAUUUUAUGGUUUGAUUAAGUUUGCACUUCAGCCAGGAACAAAUCCAGGAGUGAAGGACUUCCUGUUGAAUGUAUGUGAACAAAACACUGUCAGAAAACAUCAGUUUGCUACUUUUAACUGAAAAUUUCAGUAGCUCCUGCAAUGAUGAAUGUCAAAAUAGGUUGUGUGAGACUUCCAGCAGUUUCCAUUCUAAAGUAUAUCAAAAGGAAACUUUGUAUUUGUGGGGUUUACUAUUUAAAAUUUGUAAGGUCUUCACUUUACUAUGUAAAGUGCUAUGGGAUGACACAUGUUGUGAAUUGGUGCUAUUUAAAUAAAAUUGAACUGAAUUAAA